CCGCUGCUGGACGCGCGCGGGCGCCGGGUGCAGUUCGGGGCGCUGUUCCGGGAGCGUCGCGCCGUGGUGGUGCUCGUGCGGCAUUUCCUCUGCUACAUCUGCAAGGAGUAUGUAGAAGACCUGGCCAAGAUCCCCAAGAGCUUCUUAGAGGAAGCAGAUGUCACCCUUAUAGUGAUUGGACAAUCAUCCUACCAUCAUAUUGAGCCAUUCUGCAAACUGACUGGAUAUUCCCAUGAAAUCUAUGUUGAUCCUGAGAGAGAAAUUUAUAAAAGAUUGGGAAUGAAAAGAGGUGAAGAAAUCGCCUCUUCGGGACAGAGUCCCCAUGUCAAAUCGAACCUCCUCUCGGGAAGUCUGCGGAGCCUGUGGCGGGCAGUGACUGGCCCUCUCUUUGAUUUCCAAGGAGACCCAGCUCAGCAAGGCGGAACCCUCAUUUUGGGCCCAGGUAACAACAUCCAUUUUAUACACCGCGACAGGAAUAGGUUGGAUCACAAACCCAUAAACUCUGUUCUACAGCUUGUAGGAGCUCCCCACGUGAACUUCACAAGUGGACCUUCGAUUAUCCACGUGUAAUUGAAUACAGACUCUGUCCCUUGCAGAUGGGCCCCUGAGAACAUAAUCAAAAUGAGUUAUCAAUGGGCCAGGGAUUUAGCUCAGUGGUUCUGCUGCCUGCCUCGCAAGCGCAAGGACCCGAGUUC